AAAACAUUGAAUCCGAUCUAAAUCGUGUGGAUUUGUCAUCUCGAAAGCAACUCUAAACACCCUAAAACACAAAGAGUUUGUUCAGCUUUCUUUGUUAGACUGGUGGUCUCUGCUUUGCUGGAUUAUCCCCGGUCUUAUAUGUUUUGCGUGUGUUACCAUAGGAACCGCUUUGCUGCUUUUGCGUUUGUAACGAAUGAUGGCCAGCGGAUCAAAAUAUAAGGAGUCCAGAGUCACUAACUACAGAACAGAGACACGACAGUUAAUACAAUUAAUGAUGCAAAAGUCUGGUCUAACGGACUUUCAACAGAAACAAAUCAAUAAUCAGCUGAAAAAUGGGGGCGCUCUUUCACUAACGUUUACCCCAGUUGAGCAGAAAAAAGUGCAGUCAGAGCCCAGAGUCUCCAGAGUGACCUCACUGAUGGGUCACCAGCUGAGGCGCAGUGCAGAAAGAUGUAGUGCUGGAGAUAAUUACAAACGUGAAAAGUUUCAGCCUAGUGCAACACGGGAUCUGGAGAAAGAGAAGAGAAGGCUACAAAAUGUUCUUUCUACUGGUAAAAAGGAUGCUGGGCCAACUCACUCCCAAAGAGACUCCACAGAAAGAAGAGAGCAACAGAUAGACAGAUUCCAAGAGGUUCUGGAUGAGAUUGAGGACAGGAGGCAGUUUUUAGAGGAGAUGAUGACAUUGGGAAAAGGUGACCAAUACCAGCACCUCAUCAACACAGAGAUCUCUCAGAAAAUCUGUGAACUUGAAGAGAUUGACAGGAAGCGCAGUGAAGAACUAAGGACCCUCAAUUUAAAUGGAAAAGAGGAACUACAAAGCAAAGAGAGGGAUGGAGAAAGAUAAGGUGAUAAUAUAAGGUAGUGUUAGACAAGUAUGAGCAUUAAAACUUGUUUAAAAAAAAUAGCAAAACUGCAAAAGGUUUUUGUUUCAUGAAGUCAUUUUAUUUUUAAUGUCCUCCAUCCUAAAAGCACUGUCUGUUUUAGGGACAACGAAAAGCCCUUGGGGUUGAUCAGGCACACACACUGACAUACAAAUGUAAUACUAAAAUCUGAUAAAUACAAAUUAACACUCAAAUACUUGCAGAAGACACAAGCUGAAAUGUCAACAAAAUAUUCAAAGACACUUAAUAGCCAAUGAGAGGACAUACAUAAAUUAAACAGAUUAAAGGCACUCCUUCAGAAAUACACUCCUGCUUGGGUUUAAGGCCCAACACACAACAUGCGACAUUCUACAGUGAACAUUUUAAAAUUAUUUAACUAAAGCUUAAUAUUGCAUAUUGCUUUAAAGAGUGAGGAACAUCUAUUAUUGUUUAACAUUAACAUGCCUACAGUUACCGUUUGUGAGAGUUACAGUCUUUUUUGUUUUCAUUAAAAUAGUUUAGACUUAUUUUAAUGUUAUCUCUCAUUUUAACGUUUAUCUGUCACCGAUGAUUCUAGGGUGCAGAUUUGUCUGGUAACUCUGUAACAAGCUUAAUGACAUUUCAGAGGGUUAUUAGAUACAUUUACAAGUUUGAUGAUUUUGUAACAAUUUUCCACUGAAAUUGGAAAAAAAAAACUGCUUCUGAAUUUCUUCUAUGAACUAAUUUUCUGUCAGUAAAUACUAUAACAAUUU